AUGGAUCAAAAUCAAUUCGCGAACGAGCUCAUAAGUUCUUACUUCCUUCAGCAAUGGCGCCAUAAUUCCCAAACCCUAACCUUAAACCCAACCCCCUCCAAUUCCGGAACUGAAUCUGAUUCCGCGCGACCCGAUUUGGAAUAUGAAGAUGACGGAGAAGAGUUUCCGACGGAGCUCGACACGGUGAACAGUUCGGGCGGGUUUUCGGUGGUGGGCCCUGAUAAGUUGUCUGUGUUGUACCCGAAUGUGAAUUUGCACGGUCAUGAUGUUGGAGUGGUUCAUGCUAACUGUGCCGCCCCGUCAAAGCGGCUUCUUUACUACUUCGAAAUGUACGUGAAAAACGCGGGUGCUAAGGGCCAAAUUGCCAUUGGAUUCAUCACCUCUGCCUUCAAAGUUCGACGCCAUCCUGGUUGGGAAGCAAACACUUACGGAUAUCAUGGUGAUGAUGGGCUGCUUUAUUGUGGACGUGGAAAGGGAGAGUCGUUUGGUCCAAUGUACACAACUGGUGAUACAAAGUAUACAACUGGUGACACAAUUGGCGGUGGUAUCAACUACGCUACACAAGAAUUCUUUUUCACGAAAAAUGGGGUUGUAGUGGGAACAGUUUUCAAGGAUGUCAAAAGUCCUGUAUUUCCAACUGUUGCCGUUCAUAGCCAAGGCGAGGAGGUGACUGUCAAUUUUGGAAAGGAUCCAUUUGUUUUUGAUAUUAACGCAUAUGAGGCAGAGCAAAGAGCAAUUCAACAAGAGAAAAUUGACUGUAUUUCAAUACCACUGGAUGCUAGUCACGGAUUAGUUCGUUCCUAUCUACAGUACUAUGGGUAUGAAGGAACACUUGAAUUUUUUGAAAUGGCUAGUAAAAGUACCGCUCCUCCAAUUUCGUUGGUUCCAGAAAAUGGGUUCAAUGAGGAAGACAACAUUUAUGCAAUGAAUAGAAGGAGGACUCUUCGUGAGCUAAUAAGGCGUGGCGAAAUCGAUGAAACAUUUGCUAAACUCCGUGAAUUGUAUCCUCAAAUUGUUCAGGAUGAUACGUCUUCUAUUUGCUUUCUGCUACAUACUCAAAAAUUUAUUGAGCUUGUUCGGGUUGGGAAGCUGGAGGAAGCUGUGUUGUACGGAAGAUCUGAGUUCGAAAAGUUCAAGAGGAGGUCUGAGUUUGAUGAUCUAGUUAAGGAUUGUGCUGCUUUGCUGGCAUACGAACGGCCAGACAAAUCCUCUGUUGGAUACCUUCUUCGAGAGUCUCAAAGGGAGCUUGUGGCUGAUGCCGUUAAUGCGACUAUUUUUGCAACAAAUCCGAAUGUGAAAGACGCAAAAUGUUGCUUGCAAUCACGUCUGGAGAGAAUUCUCAAGAGUGGUAAGAAAGGUUAA